AUGACAGGCACCUGGGACUUGUCCCGAUUCAGCUUUACAUUUUCCUCUUCAAGCGAAGGGCGCCUCUGCCUCGCGACGCGCCCCCCGCAAGCGCCUCCCUCACCACCUGUACCUGACGGGCCCCGUCCUGAGGUCGAGCACGAGUGUGAGGGUGGCCGCGUGGGUGACUCCCUCAUCCGCCAGCGAGAGGAAGUUCCUGAGCUCGCGCCCCUGGAACAGGAGCUGCUGGUGCCAGGGGGCCACGCCGGACAUCUCGAACAACCUCACCUUCAGAUCAGCCACCUGCAGCCACGAGUGAACGAGCAACACCGGGACUCUUCUCGCCGCCUCGUUCCGGACUCCCUGCCGCCGCCCCCAUCUGCCGCCGCCGCCAAAGCACCAACUGCACGUGCGAAGGACAGCCCCAGUCAGUCCGAGGCGCCAGAGGUCGACUUAGCGGAAGGGAACGGUGAUGGAGGAACGUAA